UUGACAGCUAGCUUUCCGUCAUCUCAUUAUUUUUCUAAAAUAUUUUAAUCGAGUAAAUAGAUUCAUUGAUUAUAUAAAUUACUUAUCAAAACAUUUUUCAGAAUGCGUUGCCUGUGAUAGAUGAGUCGAAUUCGAUGUUAGUGUAAAAUUUUCUAAUAAAGAAACUAUUACAAUAAUGAAAGAUGUCGUCGCAUUAUGGAUCCAUGUACAAUCGAACAAAACGAAAGUGAAUUAUAAUUGAACGUGUGAUUAGUGAUUUUACGUAUUUUAGUUAUAUAUUGUAGUUUAAAAUGGCGCAGACAGUGAGACGCGCCAUAGAGGCGAGAUAUCCUUCAUGUUAUAUACCUAGUAGACUUAAGGAAAGGAGGGCAAAAGCCAGAGCCCUGAGAAUGGAGAAACAACGUAAACCAGAUAAGCCUGAAGACUUUGUAUGCUAUUCCGAUAGUGAUAGUGAAGAAGAAACCCCUACACAACAACACACAGUUCUGUCCACGUCAUAUAAUUUUGUAGAUUAUGUACGAUCUAGAGAAAUUUUAGCACCAGAGCCACGAUCCGUGGACCCCUCGUAUGCAACUCGCCACAUGCUAACACAUGAUAUGUUCCGCGAGACACCUGUCAACCUCGGCAACAUGAACAAGGUGUUCUGCUCACAGUGGCUAUCAGACAGACAAGUGGUCUUCGGUACCAAAUGCAAUAAGCUGAUGGUGUACGACGUGCGCUCGCGCUCGCUGGACGCGAUCCCCACGCUGCGGCCGCGCGCGCCCUGGCCCGGCGCCGAGCACCAGACCGGCAUACACGCGCUGCAGAUCAACCCCUCCAGAACACUGUUAGCUACCGGAGCGCGAAACUCUUGCGAGCUCGCGAUAUACAGCUUACCCACCCUCGACCCCGUUUGCGUAGGGGAGGCGCACAAAGACUGGAUCCUCGACAUGUGCUGGCUGGACGACGAGUUCCUGGUGACGGGCUCGCGCGACUCCAAGCUGGCGCUGUGGCGCGCGCCGCCCGCGCCCCCGCCCGCGCGCACGCCGCAGCACCGCUUCGUGGCGCCCGUCGCCGUGCGCGAGUGUCGCGCCGGUCAGAAAGUCCGCGCGCUGACAUUUAACACGAAGUGGGGGGAGAUCGCAGCCCUGACCCUCAACGGAUACAUUCACGUGUUCAGUGCCAGCACCUUCCGACAGUCGCUCUCCCGCAAGCUGCCCUCCUGCCAGGACCUCGUCUGCCUCGCUACACAGGAAAGUGGCAUUUACGCGAUCGGUUGCAAGUCGUACACGUUGCUGCUGGACUGUCGCACGCUGCAGUCCGUGAAGAAGAUCACGUCCCGGUACAACGGCUGCGGCAUCCGCUCCGCCAGCUUUCGCGGAAACAUGCUCACCAUCGGCACCGGACUCGGCUUGCUUAUGUUCUACGACCUGCGAGCGGGUAAAUACUUGGAGAGCAACAUUCACUCCUCAAAAACGGUCACACUCAAAGCGUCCAAAGGAUAUGUGUUCCCGGACGAGGAGGCGGACGGGUUCAACCAGGUGAAGUACGUGCCGGCCAUCUAUACGCACUGCUAUGACGACAGCGGUACGCGCAUCUUCACGGCCGGCGGCCCGCUGCCCGCGCCGCUCAUCGGAAACUACGCCGGCCUGUGGCAGUAGCACCACCAUCGCGUACGUGCUGCCCUCUACACGCACUGCUACGACGACAGCGGCUCGCGCAUCUUCAUGUUUAGCUAAAAUAUUAAAACGAGGUAUACAAUAACAAUUGUGAUACCUGUUUAUAUGAUUGGCAAUAAUAAAUAUAUAUAUAUACAUAUAUAUACAUUUUUUUGUACUACAAAUGUGUGGCAUAUCGUCAUAUUGCAGUCGACAUAAUGGUAUAAGUCCUUUUUAAGUUAUGUCCAUUAUAACUUGGCCUCUAAUAUAUAUGAAACUGUUAAGUAUGUAGGGGUCGAGUUGUCUUUUAAAAAAUACACUAUAAAGGUCAUAGCAAUAUCGGGUGAGUUAAAAACAUUUAAUUUCUUUCUAAAGGUAAGGUUAGUUGUAACAUAGCUAUUUGUAAAAACUUGUACCUACUAGUGUUCAGUUCGGAAUAUAUAUUGUAAAUAUAAGUAGUAAAAUCUAAUUUUUAUGUGGACUUUUAUUUUUUCAAUGUAAUUUUGGUAUUUUUGGAACUUAAAGAUAAUAUCGAAACUAACGCAUUGUCUUUUAAUUUAGAUAUCUUUUACAUGUUUAAAAGGUCGAUAUGAAAUUAAUUAUCUUUUAAAUAUUAUACAUGAAUGUAAUAAAAAAAUAAUUAAAUAUCUGUCCAGGCUCCUCUGUAAGAUCAUAGUAUGUAUUAGGAAAUGUUUGUUUGUAAAGCCAUGUUACCUCAUUAUAGUUCACAAUUAAAAAGCAGAAGAACAAUUUCAACAACAAUGCUAUAAAAAUAUCUGAUUGGCUAAGAGAAAUAAAAAAUUAUAGACCCGUUAAUGCAUAUUGCAUCUAAUUAAUCUCAUUUAAAAUAAUUUGCUAUCAAAAAACUUUAUCUAAAAUAACCGAAGUCCAUUAUUACAAGUUUAAUGAGUCCAGAUACAAAAGUAAAAGAAAAACUAAGGCAACUUUAAACAUACUGGUACAAAUAAUAUAAGAUUUUGUUUAAAUUAUAUGUUGGUUUAUCGUACAUGGAUGUCCUGACAUAUUUCGGUUAAAACUGUCUUUCUUAAAGUUUACUCAAUUGCAAGGGAGUAGAGUUCUCAAAUACAGGUGCACUAUUAUUUCUUAUUCUCUUAAUCAAAUUGAUAAUUCAGAUUCAGGACCAAAAGCGCCAAUUUCCAAACCAUUUGCAUUUUAUUACGAGUCGAGUUACAAAAUGAGAAUCUCUAAAUCCUUGCCCCCAUUUUGAAGUAUUGGUUACCAUAUAAAUAACCUAGUUAAGUUAAUAUGAAUAUAGUCCGAAUGAGACAUACAAAAUCCAUCAGUCGUGUGCUUUCAAAGAGCACAAAUUAUAUAUUAUAUUAAUAAAAAAAAUAUUGAAUUUUAACUCCUUACCAGAUGUGACGUCACAAACAGAAUAGCCAAAUUAGCAAUCAGAUCUUAUAAACAUAUAACCUUUUGAUACUAACUGUAGCAUUCCUGUAAUGUUUGAAAAUUAGAACGGGCGAUUUGGUCAUUUCCUUCAUAAAUAAUAUCAGUUCCACAAAGAUAAACAGGCAUUGAAUAAAUACAGAAAUAAUUAUAUUGUGCAAAUUUAAUGUCCUUUGCAAUUCUGUGAUUGUCGAACACGUUAACCGGGACACUGCCUUGCAUAAUGUAUAAUUAUUAUUAAUUAAAAAGCUAGACGCUAAAUUAUUUUAUUUCGUAAUUAUCUACUGGGAAUGGGCUAUGUUUCUUCUAAAAAAUUUAGUCAUGUUGCGUCAAGAUGUAAAUAAGUACUACCAGCUGAUAUUGGAAUCUGACAUAUGGGCGGAACUUAAAAAUGGCCGACACAUUGUCGGUUUUUAAUAUUUUGAAAAUGAUUGCAAAAUGUAUUUUUGACGACAAUCGAAAGUAAAAUGUGUUAAAUAAAUAAUGAAAGUGUAGAUGAUAAGAACAACUCAUAAAAUUGUAAAAACUGAUUCUUGUAAACAGCUUUUUAAUAUAACCAAAUUAUUUGUUUAAUAAAAUUUAUUUUACUAGAUGUAAUAUCUCCAUAUGUCAGAACGCAAUAGAGACUGGCAAUGUUUCCUUGCCUAUAAAAUACGCGUCAAACUUUGCCGGUCAGAAAUUAGUCACGAAUAGUUGCGCAAUACAAUUUUGCAAACAAAAGCGUUUGUAUAAAUAGUUGUUCUAAUUUUUUUUUUUAUUAUUUUACAUGCGCGAAUGUGUUUUAGUUUCAGGCCGGCUUAGCUACGAUCAUAUAAUAUAUAAAAUUGUACCUCCAUCUUUAUAAUUAAGCAACAAAACUGGAUAUUUGUUGAGAUAUUGGACGUUUAUUACCUGGAGCCAUAUUGUAAUAUAUUCGUGACAAGGAAACAUUGUAACAUUUAAAGUAAGGAGUUAAGUACUAACUUAAUUGUACACUGGUUUGGAGACGAAGUGUUUUUACGUAUGCGUACCAAGCAAAUGAACAGAACUAUAAUGAUGAAUUAAAAAAAUUAUAUUGA